ACAAAUAUGGCAUAAAGCGCAUUUUAAGAGCAGGUUGUGUGAGGCAAAUCAGAUUAUUGGGUAUCCAAACGGGAUUCUGACGUAGAGGCUUAAAUCCCGGGCAGGCAGACGAGUAUCGCCCGUGCGUGUGCUCGCCCACAGUGAGUCGGUAGAAAGCGUGUUCGGCACAAGCGACGUCGAGCGAUGAUUCUUCGGAACUGAUCGGAAAAUGGCUUCGUAUCUGCAGAUCGCCGAUGACGAGAAAGGCCACGAACUGGACCUUUUCUGUGUCCCCAGACAUUAUGAGAACGACUUGGACAAAGUGAUCAUCCCUCACGGACUCAUCAUGGACAGGACGGAGCGUCUGGCACGUGACAUUAUUCAGGACAUGGGAGAACACCACAUUGUAGCCUUGUGUGUCCUGAAAGGAGGCUACAAGUUCUUUGCAGACCUGCUGGAUUACAUUAAAGCCCUCAACCAGAACAGCGAUAAAUCAGUCCCGCUGACAGUGGAUUUCAUUAGGGUGAAGAGCUACUGUAAUGACAAGUCAACAAACAGUGUCAGAGUGAUAGGUGGGGAUGACCUGUCCAGUCUCUCAGGAAAGAAUGUUUUAAUUGUUGAGGACAUAGUGGAGACGGGACGGACGAUGCAGACGCUGCUUUCUCUGCUGAGUGAAUGUAAUCCCAAAAUGGUUAAAGUGGUGAGCCUCCUGGUGAAGAGGACACCGAGGACUUCAGGGUACAGACCGGACUAUAUUGGGUUUGAAGUGCCGGAUGCCUUUCUGGUGGGCUAUGCUUUGGACUACAAUGAGUACUUCAGAGAUCUCAAUCACAUCUGCGUACUGAAUGAACAAGCCAAGGAGAAGUACAAAGUGUGACUUCGAAUACUGCGGACGCAAAGAUGAAUCAAUGAAAACUCGGACCACUGUGAUCACACGCCUGUUGCUUUGAAUCAUAUUUAUUUUUCUACAUAAGGAUCCACAAAAAUGUGGAUUAAGAACACUUAUUUCCUCCUCUUUGGAAUGAGUGGGAUGACUAUGUUGUGUAUAUUGUUAUUAUUUGGUUGUUAAAUUAGAAUUUGAUGUCCAAAUUCUGAAGAAGGGAAAACGCUAAAUUGUUAAGACUCAGGCUGUUGCUUUAUGUUCACCGAACUGUCAGUCACAUUUUUACUUUGUACAUGUCUCUGUUUGGAGUUGAAAUGCUGAUGUAUGCCUUUAAUAUGCCAUAAAAUGACUGACCUGGAAUGUA